CUAAAAUGUCUGUGUAUCGCAAACGACCGACUAGCACCCCCUAUUCCAAAGCAGACGACGCUGCUGGUUUGAAUCUCAAUCAUGAUAUGACAUGGAUGAAAUCGAAAGAGGGACGAAGAUUUGCUGAGAUGAGGAACUUGACAAAUCAGUUUAUAUGCUCUCAGUCACAGUGAUAUCGUUUGUAUCUUUUCCAAAAACUUUGAAAGCGAUGGUGACUAGGUACUUGAUUGUAUCAAUACAUUAGGCCUACAUGUAAAUGGGUCUGAUAGUACUGUAUUAUUUAUGGAUUUAUCGACACUUUCCACGGGAAAUCCCGGCCCCGAAAGUAAUACGAUGGAGAGGCUUAUGAUCACUGUUGAUAUCAACUCAAAAGUAGCUCUUGCCAUCAAGAUGGUACUUUCUGGUAUAGGACCACCAACCCAUGGCAGACCAGGGGAUCUUGAUGUCAGCAUAAUAGUGAUUAUGAUAGAUUCAUCAGUACAGAGUACAAGGUAUAUGAAUAUGAAGUUUAGUCCAUUCAUGCUGAUGAUGAUUCAACUACUGCAGCUCGACGGAAGAAUGAUUUUCCACCCCUUCCAACAAAGAGCAGGACAAGAAUCGCUUGUGGAAAAUAAACUAACAUAGUCAAUAGACUACUUUUCUUUGUCAGCU